AUUCAUCCACAAAAUUGUCCCGCAAGUGAACGCUUUGUUUGGAAAGGGGGAAAGAGAGAGGAGAGAGAGGAAGGGCGAGGGACAUGGGGCAGGGAGUCGAUCAAUCUUGUGCGACAAAGAGAGAAAAUCUUCCUCCUAGUACCUUUGAUCCAAGCCGUUUGAUAAGUGUUAUGAGGAGGAAGGCCUUGAUAAAGGAUCUGGCUGCUGCAUACCAGGCCAAGUGUCUCACAUCAUGCCAACAGUUUCUGGAACUACAAAGAAAAUGGGAGGAGCCAAAUAGUGGGAACAAGACACUGGAAGAGAUGAGGAGAGAACUGAUGAGGCAGCCCAAACGUCUGAAAAAGACCUACUAGUGCAUUUGCAACUGGGAAUCUGAUAUAUCGGCAUACAUCCUUAUAUGUAUUAUGUGUACAUGUAUAUUGAAAAUAAAUUGUACCUUUCAUUUUGUGUGCCUAUUGU